UUGAAAUUCUUCAUUCUUACCAAUACAGAUACUUGCAUUGCAUCUCGGGCAAUCCAAGAUCUUUCUCCUUUUUCUUAACCACUAAUGGAGGCUAUAACUGGCUUUUCCGCUAAGAUCUUUGCAAUAAAUGGCAACAAAACUGCAUCACCCUCAACGUUAACUCAACUGGGUCGAUCUGCCUUUGCCUUUUUACCAUCUCCAACUUUCAAGAAACUACACAUUGAUCAUUUGGUUUCAUUUCGAUCCAUCGCUAAAUCUCAUGUGGCAUCUGGUGCUGCUGAGGUGUCAGACAUGGAAAAUGCUGUGGCUGGAAUCCCAAAAAUACAAAGAUCAAAGACUGCACAUGUGAAAUUCCAGUUGCAGAAGGAAUGCAUGUUCGGUGAUCAGUUUCUUCUGGUGGGUGAUGACCCAAUUCUUGGUUUGUGGAAUCCUACAAAUGCUGUACCAAUGAACUGGUCAGAUGGGCACAUUUGGAGUGUUGAAUUGGAUGUACCUAUUGAGUCCACUAUCCAAUUCAAGUUCAUCAUCAAGCAAAGCAAUGGAGAUAUGUUUUGGCAGCCUGGCCCAGACAGAAUUUUCAAGAGCUGGGAAAGCAAGGGCACUGUUAUUAUUGCAGAAGAUUGGGAAAAUCCUGAAGCUCAGAAAAUUACAGAGGAGCUUCAUCAAAUGGAGGAACUCAUGCCUAAUAUAAACAAUGGCUUAAUGUUUUCAGGUAACAUUGCCUAUGCAGAAGACAAACUGAACGUUAGCAGUGACUUCUUCACCAGAGAAGGUACAACCUAUCCAGUAGAGGGACAUCUAAAUACUUCAAACGAGAGCCUCAAGUCAGAAGAAUCUGUGGGAGACAUAAAAGAGGACCCAAUGAAGAAAAACAAUGCUAGGGCACUAACUGUCAAGAACCCCAUGACUGUUGAGGAUGAAGAAAACAGGUUCGGUUAUGAAGAUGGUUGUGUUCUUGUACCUGGUUUGACGCCUAUGCAGGUGGUGCCUAGGGAAGAAGCACUCUCUAGGGAACUGGGAUCCAUAAUUGGCGAUGCUUCAAUUGGAGUUGAUGCAGCUAUGGAGUAGAAGAUGCCUCAAGUACCUUUUUAUGAACCAAAAUGUUCAUUCCCUUCCCUAUGUCUUUGGUAGCCAGAAGCUCCAUCCAUUCUCAUUACAUAUUAUUUCUGCUGAUCUAAAGCUUGAAAAUGAUUUGCGUAAAUAUGGAUCUUGUUUGGCUUUUCUAUCAUCUUUGACUCUUGGUUAAAUAUAAUAUUGAAUUUGUUGUUUGUUGGGACAAA